GCCAUACAUUUAGGCAACGUCAUAAGGAAAUACUUGAAGCUGCUAACGUCAGCUAACACGUUACAGAUAUGGCGUUUACAUUAUAUUCCCUUAUUCAAGCGGUGAUUUUGUGUGUAAAUGCUGUCGCCGUAUUGCACGAAGAAAGAUUUUUAAGUAAAAUUGGCUGGGGUGUGGACCAAAGUAUUGGGGGAUUUGGUGAUGAACCGGGCAUUAAAGUGCAGCUAAUGAACCUUGUCCGCUCUGUGAGGACAGUAAUGAGAGUGCCCUUGAUUGCUGUCAAUUCGGUCUGCAUUGUGUUGUUGCUGCUGUUUGGCUGAAGCGAAGACUGGACUGAAUUUGGAUGUUGAACUAAGAGAAGACAUUUUCAGGGCUCAGGGGGAUGUCUCCAUGAUUCCCGAAGGAGAAACCCUACAUGCACAACAAAGAAGAUUACACACACACACACUUGUUGCUGUAUCACAAAGAAUCAGCAUUACAUUUGAUUUCCUUUUUAUUUAUUCCCACUUUACAUGGUCAGACUGAGUAACAGUUCAGAUGCAGGAACAGUCAGUGUUUACUCCUUUACGCCAUUCAGUUUCUUUCAAAGACACCUGUUAGUCAAUGAUGUUUAUACAAAGCAGUCCAAAGCAUGUUGCUGCUGGAUGAUUUCCACAAUGUCAAAGGAUCAUUUACUUUGAGCACGCGACUAGUUAAACUUUCUUUCUCCUAAUAUGAAACUGUGAUUGUGUCACAGUGCUGAUUAUGGCAUGCAUGUUGCUGUUAACAUAUUGUAAUCUUAUGUUGUUACGAAAAGUUUUUUUCUUCACACCUUCCUGGACAAAAUGUUAAAUAUACAUAAUUUGAACAGACAUAAACACCAUAAAUCGGGAUAUAUCAUAUUUUGUGUCUCAUGUAGACAACUUAAUUAUGUAUUACUUUUUUUUGCAGUAACUUUCAAUCAAUUACUUGAAAAAAAUAAAGAUGUUUUAAAUAACAACA